GCCGCCGCCGCGACGGGCAGCGGGGCUCGGCAGCAGCCGGCUCGGGCCCCUGCCCCAGCGGCUCCGUGCCCCCGGCGCCGGGCUGCCGGCGAGUCUGGAGCCCGCGCCGUCGCCGGCCGCGUCUUCCGGGCAUGGAAGGAGGCGGCAAGCCCAACUCUUCGUCCAACAGCCGGGACGAUGGCAACAGCGUCUUCCCCGCCAAGGCGCCCGCGACGGGCGCGGGGCCGGCCGCGGCCGAGAAGCGCCUGGGCACCCCGCCGGGGGGCGGCGGGGCCGGCGCGAAGGAGCACGGCAACUCCGUGUGCUUCAAGGUGGACGGCGGCGGCGGCGGCGGCGAAGAGUCGGCGGGGGGCCUGGAGGACGCCGAGGGGCCGCGGCGGCAGUACGGCUUCAUGCAGCGACAGUUCACCUCCAUGCUGCAGCCCGGGGUCAACAAAUUCUCCCUCCGCAUGUUCGGGAGCCAGAAGGCGGUGGAGAAGGAGCAGGAAAGGGUUAAAACUGCAGGCUUCUGGAUUAUCCACCCUUACAGCGAUUUCAGGUUUUAUUGGGAUUUAAUAAUGCUUAUAAUGAUGGUUGGAAAUCUAGUCAUCAUACCAGUUGGAAUCACAUUCUUUACAGAACAGACAACAACACCAUGGAUUAUUUUCAAUGUGGCAUCAGAUACAGUUUUUCUAUUGGACUUGAUCAUGAAUUUUAGGACUGGGACUGUCAAUGAAGACAGUUCUGAAAUCAUCCUGGACCCUAAAGUAAUCAAGAUGAAUUAUUUAAAAAGCUGGUUUGUGGUUGACUUCAUCUCAUCAAUCCCAGUGGAUUAUAUCUUUCUUAUUGUAGAAAAAGGAAUGGAUUCAGAAGUUUACAAGACAGCCAGGGCACUUCGCAUUGUGAGGUUUACAAAAAUUCUCAGUCUCUUGCGUUUAUUACGACUUUCAAGAUUAAUUAGAUACAUACAUCAGUGGGAAGAGAUAUUUCAUAUGACGUAUGAUCUUGCCAGUGCGGUGGUGAGGAUUUUUAAUCUCAUCGGCAUGAUGCUGCUCUUGUGUCACUGGGAUGGUUGUCUGCAGUUCUUGGUCCCACUAUUGCAGGAUUUCCCACCAGAUUGCUGGGUGUCCCUCAAUGAAAUGGUUAAUGAUUCCUGGGGAAAGCAGUAUUCAUACGCGCUCUUCAAAGCUAUGAGUCACAUGCUGUGCAUUGGGUAUGGAGCCCAAGCCCCAGUCAGCAUGUCUGACCUCUGGAUUACCAUGUUGAGCAUGAUUGUCGGGGCCACCUGCUACGCCAUGUUUGUUGGCCAUGCCACUGCUUUAAUCCAAUCUUUGGAUUCUUCAAGGCGGCAGUAUCAAGAGAAGUAUAAGCAAGUAGAACAAUACAUGUCAUUCCAUAAGUUACCAGCUGAUAUGCGUCAGAAGAUACAUGAUUACUAUGAACACAGAUAUCAAGGCAAAAUCUUUGAUGAGGAAAAUAUUCUCAAUGAACUGAAUGAUCCUCUGAGAGAGGAGAUAGUCAACUUCAACUGUCGGAAACUAGUGGCUACAAUGCCUCUUUUUGCUAACGCAGAUCCGAAUUUUGUGACUGCCAUGCUGAGCAAGUUGAGAUUUGAGGUAUUUCAACCUGGAGAUUAUAUCAUACGAGAAGGAGCUGUAGGGAAAAAAAUGUAUUUCAUUCAGCAUGGUGUGGCGGGUGUCAUCACAAAGUCAAGUAAAGAAAUGAAGCUGACAGAUGGCUCUUACUUUGGAGAGAUUUGUUUGCUGACUAAAGGACGCCGCACAGCUAGUGUUCGAGCUGAUACCUAUUGUCGUCUUUAUUCCCUUUCGGUGGACAAUUUCAAUGAGGUCCUGGAAGAAUACCCUAUGAUGAGAAGAGCCUUUGAGACUGUUGCUAUUGACCGACUAGAUCGAAUAGGAAAGAAAAACUCCAUUCUUCUGCAAAAGUUCCAGAAGGAUCUGAACACUGGUGUUUUUAACAACCAGGAGAAUGAGAUCCUGAAGCAGAUUGUGAAACAUGACAGGGAGAUGGUGCAGGCGAUCGCUCCCAUCAGUUAUCCUCAAAUGACAGCCCUGAAUUCCACCUCGUCCACUGCUACCCCGACCUCACGCAUGAGGACCCAGUCUCCACCGGUGUACACAGCAACCAGCCUGUCUCACAGCAACCUGCACUCCCCCAGCCCCAGCACUCAGACCCCCCAGCCUUCUGCCAUCCUCUCGCCCUGCUCCUACACCACUGCGGUCUGCAGUCCUCCUGUACAGAGCCCGCUGGCCACUCGAACUUUCCACUACGCCUCCCCCACUGCCUCCCAGUUGUCACUCAUGCCUCAGCAGCAGCAGCAGCCCCAGGCACCUCAGACUCAGCCGCAGCAGCCGCCCCAGCAGCCGCAGACGCCCGGCAGCGCCACGCCGAAGAACGAAGUGCACCGGAGCACGCAGGCGCUUCCUAACACCAGCCUGACCCGGGAGGUCAGGCCCCUGUCCGCCUCGCAGCCUUCGCUGCCGCACGAGGUUUCCACUCUGAUUUCCAGACCUCAUCCCACUGUGGGCGAGUCCCUGGCCUCCAUCCCCCAGCCCGUGGCAGCUGUCCACAGCGCGGGCCUCCAGGCAGCGGGCAGGAGCACUGUCCCUCAGCGAGUCACCCUGUUUCGACAGAUGUCCUCCGGAGCCAUUCCCCCCAACCGAGGAGUGCCUCCGGCACCCCCUCCACCAGCAGCCCCUCUUCAGAGAGAGGCUUCCUCAGUCUUAAACACAGACCCGGAGGCAGAAAAGCCACGAUUUGCUUCGAAUUUAUGAUCCCUGCUAAUUGUUGAAGCAGAAAGAAAUACUCCAAUAAACUGAGAACAUUCUCAGAUCUUAUUUUAUUCUAUCUCCUGAUAGAUCCCCAUAACUAUGAAGAGAUAUUUUAGACAGCUCUGUCCUACUUGCAAAAUGUAAAAAAAAUAAAUAUAUAUAUACUAUAUACUAUUAAAUAGAUAUCUAAAUUCCCAAGAGAAGUUCAAAAGACCUGUUUAGCAUUCAGUGUUAUAUGUCUUCUUUUCUUUAAACCAUUAAAGGAUUUAAAAAGUUGUUGUAAGAUUAUUUAUUUCUAACCUACUUUUACUUGAUUCCUUUGAUACAUGUAUUUAUCUAUUUUAUGAAGAGUUCUUGGAUUCAAUGGAAACAAAACUCUAAUUUUAAAAAGGCAACUCAAAGGGGCUACUGAACAGCACCAAUUAUAACCUUCUUUCAUUAGCUGCGAGUCUGCCUCUAAAUUGUUAAUCAUUGAUUAUGGAGGAUUAGAUAGCAAAUCUCAUUUUGUAGAUCUAAAUUGUAUUUUGGUGCUUUCAAUUUUGAAUUCGGUAAAGAAUCCACUGCAUACUUAGCCCCCAUAAGAAACUAGCAUUGCCACAGUGAAGAAAAUCUCUAACCUCAAUCAUGCGCACUCAUCUUUCCGAAAGCUGAAGGGAUAUUUGUCUUUGUGUGUUUUUGGACUUUUACCAAGACUCAAUCAAUGUUAGUUGUAAAUAAGUUUUUCAACCCAAGUAAAACUAGCUAUUCUGUGUUGUAUGAAGGUAAAAGUCAUUGUUUAAGAAUUUAGUUUUAUUGCUUCACUUCAAAACUUAGAGUUUUAAAUUUUACAAAACCUGUGACAAUUACUCAAUUGUAAUGCAAUAGCUUGAAAUCUACAAUAUUAUUUUAAUCUGCGAUGUUUUAUGCAAAAUUGUAUGCUUGAAUCUACAAAUUGCUUGUAUUACACCAAACACCAUUACUUUUCUUCCUUCUUGCCAUAAUCAAGCAUCUGAAAAUAGUACCUGCAUGCUUUGGGGGAAAAAUAGGUUCAAAUCAGUCAUUGUAAGGAAAGGCUUACAGUAUUUCUUGUUUUUUAGAGAAGUAUAACAAUUCAUUAAUUAAAAUUAAUUAUUUAAUUAAUUAAAAUCCUUAUAAGGCUGACUUGGCUCUCUGACUUAAGUCUAGAAGUGAGGUCUUCACGUUCAUUUAAUAUUAUCAUUGAAACAAUUAUUUGUGAACCACAGCUUGAUUUGGAGUUGUGUGUUCUGUGUCUUCACCAUAGUUUGUAGUUCACAAUGGUGUUAAUUUAAGGAAAUAAAUAAAUUUUAGCAUCAUGUCUGUUUGGGAAACACACAUUUUGCUCUAUGUAUAUUGUAACUAAAUGGUUAGUAAAUCUUAAGGCAUGUGGUGACUAACAUAGACCUUAGGUAGAAGGUUUGUUAUUUUAAAUGUGCUGAAAAUAGUACGAACAUCAUAACAGAAAGAAGGGAUAAGUUGAAUGUCUGUGAGCAUUGUUUGUUUGUUCGUUUGUUUGUUUCCUUAACUCUUUCCAUGACCUGUGAGCAUCGUCUUCUCAAAGAAGUCCCUUAGUAAUCGUCUGUGCCUAAUGCAUCCCACAGAUGUGGUGGAUGACUGGAAUACAAUUGGAAGAAUCCUAGCGACCGACUUCUGUAAAUAAGCCAGGUUAAGAGAAUGACCUAACGUGGAGGUCUUCAGUAUCUUUGACACUGGCAACACAUUUAAGAAGAACUUAACAAAGAUCACACACUGUAUGGGACAGGGCCUCCAAAUAGACUUGAGGAUAAGAAACAAAAACAAAAGCAAAAACUCUAAGUGGAUCUAUGCUGCCUGUUAUGCCUUUUAUGGAUAUAAUACCUAUAAUACCAAAAUGAGUUGUUAUGUUUAAUUUCUAACAGAUCCCAACUUGUGUGGAAGUAAUCAACAAUGCUAGUCAAUGUGAUGUUAUCAUUAACAUGCUUGUGAAAUGUGAUGGCAGGUCAGGAUUUUGUGAGUACCUAUGGGAAAGCUGCAAGACCAUCUACAUAUCAGUACAAAACUUCUUUAUUUUAUUAAAAUAUGAAAUCAAAUGCAAUUUAUUAAGAUCAUGUAUUGGGUCCUUUAAAUUAUUAAAGGUUUACAUUUGAUAGGAUUAAUGGGUUUGGUAGUGAAAUAUUUUUAUAUAUAAAUUUUUGGUUUUUUAUUUUGAGCACUAUUGGGAAACAUAAGCAAAAUUGAAUUGCAUGGUCUUUCAGUGCAACCAUACAAUUUUUAUUCACUUUGUAAUAGAAUGGACAAAAAAACCUAAGGUUUAUACAUUAAAAUAAUAAAAUGGUACAGGGUAAAUUAUAUACAUAUGUUUAUGAAUGUAUAUAUAAUUAGGUUAAGAAAAAAUUGACUCACAUUCCUGUAAUAUAAGGGUCCAUUGCUAGUUGAAAAGUUAUCUCUUUUCUCUGUACAUAAUCAAGCCCUUAUGUAUGAAGUUUUAAUCUGUACAGAAAGAAAUGUAUUAUUGAAAAGAUUGGUCUUUCUGCUGCUGAGAAGAUAGUAGAAAAGCUGAUUCUUACAACUGUAUGAUCAGGGAUGAGUUAGAGUAUUUCUUUUGUCUUUGCUCAAAGCCAUACAUAUAUAAAUAUAUAUAAAGAUUAUUAAUAAAUUCAACAGAAAAUAAACUAAAA